AUGCAAACAAACUUCACCAUGCAGACACCAUCAACGACUGCAGACACCAUCAACGACUGCAGACACCAUCAACGACUGCAGACACCAUCAACGACUGCAGACACCAUCGCCCUCUGCAGACACCAUCAACGACUGCAGACACCAUCGCCCUCUGCAGACACCAACGACUGCAGACACCAUAAACGACUGCAGACACCAUCGCCCUCUGCAGACACCAUCAACGACUGCAGACACCAUCAACAACUGCAGACACCAUCGCCCUCUGCAGACACCAUCAACGACUGCAGACACCAUCGCCCUCUGUGA